CUCUCUUCCUUUUCUGUCUUUACGCUCAAGCAAAACCCCAUUAAUAGCAGAGAAAAAAAAGAGAAGAAUCUUCAAUGGAGUCGCACCAUUUGGUCUUCUUCUUCGCCGUCUGACGUCGUCGUUUCGUCCUCACCCCCCUUCGUCCCCCCACAACUCACCUUCACUUCUCUCUCCGACUCCGAGACGACGACGUUGACGGCGGCGAAUCCAAGCCCGUCUCAUCAAGAACACUCCGAUUUUCAUCGCAAUUAGGUUGAAUUUGGGGAUUUUGUAGGAAUUUGACAGAUCGGAGCUUUUAGACUCGUUUUUGGUAAUGAAACUUUGAUAUCGGAAAUGGGACCCAAUAUGGAAAUAGGACCCAUUGUAAUAAUGCGAAAAAAUUUGACGCUGAGUCUGGGUAAUUUGAAAAAGAUAACAAAAUUGGGGUCAUGUGCGUAUGAACCAGAGAGAACAAGAGGACUGUAAGUAUUGGAGCUGCUUGGGAGUUUGUAGCUAGAAAAAAACUCGUCGACUUUGUGCUGAUGGCUCGGGGACGAGAAACUUGUACAGAAUUGGGUGUUAGUUUGAAGAAUUUGGAUUUGCGAUUUCUUCUCUAUGGCAUCAUUUUUUGGGGAUCUUUAGUAGAAGGCUUAGUACCAGUUAACCUUAUGGAUUAUAGUUUGUAAAUAAAGGAUUGCCCUUGUAGAUAAAUGGCAUCAAAGUGGGUUAAAGUAUUGGAUAAUGGUCAUAGAAUAGUUGUAGACUCGAAGAAAAGGCGGGCAGCUCAGUGUGCUGCAAACAUUAUAGGAGCGAGGCACAAGGUGGUGUCACUUCAGCCCAAGCGACCCUCACUAUUUAACAAGCUUGGUAAGCGGAAGAGAUUGGAUGGAUGCAAAACCAAGUGCGGGGGGGUACACUUGAAAAAAUCUGUAGUAAAGAACUAUUCAGAUUUUUUGAGAAGUGGACUGCCACAGCGUUUGCUGUUUUAUCAGAAUGGUGAAUGGAAUGACUUUCCUCAGGAGAUUCUCGAGUUGGUUCGGGAAGAUUUUCGAAUGAAGAAUGCAGCAAUUGAGGUGCAAUUCAAUGAAUGCCAUCUAAUGCUUGAUAUCCUGUAUAUGCUUCAAGUAGACUUGAAGACAGGUUUACAGAAACCUAUUGCCUGGAUUGAUGAAGCAGGUAGCUGCUUUUUUCCGCAAUUACACUCCACUGAUAGUGGAAGACAUGAAUGCAACCAAUCUGAGUUACAGAAAGAUGAAGAAUUUGCUUCUCUGGAGCCAAAUGGGGCCCGUGAAAUCAAUUUACAUCUUCAAAUUGAAAUAAAUGGAGUCAGUAGCUGUAAUUUGGAGGAAUGUGUGGAAGAGUCUAAUGCUUCUGCUAAGCGGAUUAAAAUUGGCCAAAAACUUGUUGAAUGUCACAAUGAGCUGGGUGUUAAUGACGGUUGCAAUAAAAAUUCUGAUGCAAAAAUUGAAGAGGUGGUUGAGCAAGUUCAACAGAUUGGUGGACAUUUAUCACCUAAAUUUGAAGGUGUUUGUGAAAUUGUGAAUUCAGAAAUUGUGAGAAACAUGUUUGUCGAGGGCCUGAACCCAUCUUUAAAUGCAAACAUACUUGAAAUUAACCAAUGCACCAGUAAUUUUAUGCAAACUCGCUGGGAAAUUUUUCAGAAACAGGUUGAGAUCACCCAAAAGUGUCGUGGAGAUCCAAAUGUUCGGUAUGCAUGGCUUGCUUCUAGCAAAGAUGCACUGUCUAGCCUCAUGAUUUAUGGGCUUGCACAUUGUGGAUCCAAAAUGAAGACCACAUUUGGUAUCGGAAUUCACCUCACAUCUAUGAAGGGUGUCCUCACCAGUUCAAGUUACUGUGAUGUUGACGAAAAUGGAGUACGCCAUCUGGUGUUUUGCCGUGUCAUAUUGGGAAAAAUGGAACUUGUUCAUCCUGAAUCUGGACAAUUUCAUCCCAGUAGUGAAAACUUUGAUAGUGGAGUUGAUGAUCUGCAAAAUCCUAUUCAUUAUAUUGUUUGGAACAUGAAUAUGAACACACACAUCUAUCCAGAAUAUGUUAUCAGUUUCAAGAUGUCCCACAGUGCUGAAGGAGCUCUGGUUGGGCAAGAAAGCAGGUUUAACAUUGCUGGGGUUGCUGCUUGUCAGGGACUUCAUCGGGGUCAAUUCCAGCUAAAUUCAUCUUCAGUUGUAUCAGAGAAAAAUUGCCAUGCAUCUCAAGAUGUUGAGAAUAAAUCUCAGGGAAAGGCCUGCAGUGUUGGUUCGAGCACCAUGAAGAUUCCUAAAUCCCCUUGGAUGCCUUUCGCUUUGUUGUUUGGCGCUAUCUCAAGUAAAGUAGCUCCUAAGGAUAUGAAAUUGGUGGAUGUUCACUAUGAGUUAUUCAGGAGCAAGAAAAUUAGUCGGGAUGAUUUUAUUAAAAAGUUGAGAUUGAUAGUUGGGGAUCAGUUGUUGAGAUCUACAAUAGCCAGUCUCCAGUGUAAGCAACCAUCCAAUUCGAUGUGCCCAUUGAAAGCGCCGAAGGAGGAGCAAGAAUGUUGAGGCAUUUAAUACCCGGUUGGCUUUCUUAUUAUUCUCGCGGUAUAUGGUAUUUGCUUGUAUUUCCUUUCCUUUUCUCAGUUUAGGUUAGUAUUCUACCUGUUGAUCUUGUGCAUUUUGCAAUGAAAGCAUGCUUUGUUCAAAUGUGUGACAGAAUGGUGGAGACACAAAUGGUAAUGCCUAUGUAUCCCUUGAAUAAAAAUCACAUUUUGCUGGGGACAUGCUCGGUUGUGCAAAUUAUAUUAUUUUGUUGCCAAUUA